AUGCAUGCUUUGAGGGACCAGAUGAGAGUUGUAUACAUCAACCAGCCCGCCAAGUUGCAUUUGGUGCCAAAUUCCAAUGUUGCAAUUUCAUCCGGGUUAGUUGUCUGUUUUAAUCUUGGUCUGGAAGAGGAAAGCAACGAGAAACAGUCUGCCUUGAAACUACUAACCGACCACAACAACAACACCAGGAUGAUGAUAAAGUCAUCUCCAUGCCAGUUCCAACGUACAAUUUUCAACCUAGCGCCUAUUCGCAGCAAGAUGACUGCAACUCCAAUUCCAUACUCUGUCCACGCCUCAUUUUUGAAAGGCGUUGACUUUGAAUCCCACAUCUCGAUUUUGGCUCUAUACGAUCCAGGAGAAAAGCCUUGGACAGUGACUUUGAUGGAAGAUUGA